AUGACGUCCCACAGGGUCACAACGUACCCCAGGGACGCCCCGUCCGACAACCUCCAUGCCCUUUGGCAGGCGACACUCGGGCGACACCAUGACGCCUACUCCAUCCCGCCCUCCAAGUUCCACCAAAUCCUGAACACGGACAACGCCAAAGUAUUUGUCGCUUACGCUGGCGAUCCGGAGCAAACGCCUGCAUCCCAGUCCGCCAAACUCGGCCCCGGCGAUGAGAACCAGCCUCAUGGAGCUCCGCUGGGCUUUGCGGUUGCGUACCUGGUCAAGGUAACAGCUUCUACCAACCCAGACACGAAAGUGAAGGGCAGCCUGGGUGCUUUGGUGGUGUCGCCCGAUCAGCAGGGUAAGGGCAUUGGCUCGGCUCUGCAUAAUGCUGCGGUGUCCUACUUGGAGGAGGAGGUGCGCAACUCGCUUCCACCGAACACAGACGGCACACUACAGCUUGGCUCGACGUUCCCGCGGAUAUUCCCCGGCCUGCCAGACAUCGAGUACCUACAGCCCGCGAAGGACUGGUUCGGCAAGCGAGGCUGGAGAAUUGGUGAACCCGACGCGAUCGACCUCUACUCGCCCUUGCCGAACGAUGUCAACUACGACCCUUUCACCUCGGAGGCAAGGAAGCACGGCGUCGAGUUCCGGCACGCUCGCCCAGCCGAUCGCGAGGCGCUCAUGCGCAUGGAGUUUACCGAGUUCGACUCAUUCACCAAGGGCUGGCCAGACAUGUUCCCCAAGAUGAUGUCAGCUGGCAAGUACGAGGACAUCAUCCUGGCUGUUAAGGGCGGCACCAUCAUCGGCGCGACAUUCGCUGCCCUCCCGCCGUGCCCGCUACUUGACCAGCUCGUGUGGCCGAGCACGCUGGGCAAGAACUGCGGUUCGAUCGCGUGCGUUGGAGUUGCCAAGGCCGGGCGUGGUACAGGUGCCGGCGUCGGUAUGGUCGCUUACGCUUUCCGUGACUUGGCCGAGCGUGAAGCGGAUGGGGUCUUCAUCGAUUGGGUUUCCAUGAAAGGCUUCUAUGAGCGCUUUGGAGCCAAGCAGUGGGAGGCCAAGUACUGCGACGGCACUCGGAAGGUUACACCGGCUCCUGCCCAGUCGGCAUCUGAGGAAGGUGCCGAGUAA